AUGGCGACAACUGCAUACCAACACGACGCUGAUGGGGCUAAAUUUAUACCUGCUACACAGCGCCCCGAUGGAACUUGGAGAAAACCUAGACGUAUAAAAGAUGGUUAUGUGCCUCAAGAGGAAGUACCUCUGUAUGAGAGUAAGGGCAAGCAAUUCAAAGCUCGGCAGAGCACAGGCCUCCCAGUUGGUCUUCCUCCAGAAAUAGCCGCUGAAGCCAAAAAGUCCAAAAAAGGCGUCAUACAACCAAUACCUGGCAUGAUCAUUAAUGUUGAAAAGAAGAAGAAAAAAAAGAAGACAGGUGUAGAUGAAGCCACCGAGAAACUUUCAAAACUAACAACCUGCGAGAUAACAGAACCCAGCUUCAAAACAGCCCCGAGUACGACCACCGACCCCGCUAAAAGACUCAAGAACUUAAAAAAGAAACUCAGGGAUAUAGAAACAUUGGAGGAAAAAAUCAAAUCGGGUUCCCUUAAAAAUCCCGACAAAGAACAGAAAGAAAAAAUUACUAAGAAAAGUGAAAUAAUCAAAGAAAUAGAAUUAUUAGAGGAAAAUUGUGGAUGA